AUGGCGAUCACCCCAGCAAACCAAGACCAAAAGAGAAAGAUUGUCAUCUUCUCCGACUUCGAUGGCACAAUCUUCAUGCAAGACACAGGCCACGUUCUCGUGGACGCCCUGGGCGGUGGCGCAGAAUAUAGACACAAACUAGAAGAGCAGUUCAAGUCCGGCGAGCGAACCUUCCGCGAGAUCUCAGACGAUAUGUGGGGAUCACUGAGCAUCCCCUUCGGCGACGGCUUUGAUCUAAUGGCGCAAACCCUCAAGAUCGAUCCCGGCUUCCAAGAGUUCCACGAAUACUGUCUGAAAGAGGGUUUCCCGUUCAACAUCAUCAGUGCAGGCUUAAAACCCGUUCUUCAACGCACCCUAGACAUCUUCCUUGGUGAUAAGGCUGCGACCAUGAACAUCGUCGCAAACAACCUUGAAGCCCCAGGCGGUAUUCCCUGGAAACCUGUCUGGCUUCACGACUGCGAUACAGGUCUCGACAAGGCCUUUAGCGUAAAUGAAGCGCGCAGCCAAGCCCAGCUCGACUGUCUACCCGGCGAGAUCCCACUGAUCGUCUUCAUUGGCGAUGGCGUCUCAGAUCUCCCUGCAGCACGAGAGGCCGAUGUUCUCUUCGCGCGUCGCGGUCUCCGCCUUGAGGAAUAUUGCUUAGAGCAUAAUAUUCCCUAUACCCCCUUCGACACAUUCACCGAUGUCAAGCGUGAGGUCGAGGCUAUCAGUAUCGAGGACCAGAAGAAGACCGGUGGCCAGGGCAAGCCAGUGCGGUAUAACCCGCGCGCUAACAUGUGGCGUAGUCUUUCCAGUAAAGAGGCUGUUCCCACACUUCUGGCUACUGGUACCCCUACACCUGCCGAGAAGAUGUCACUUUGGCCUGAUUAUUUCUCUGCGCCUAAGCCUGAUCAGCCUGAGACUAUUCAGGAAUGA